CGCUGCGCAGCGCCAGCCCAGCGCCGCUCCCAGCCGCUGCCGAGCGGCGGACGCAGGACCGGAGGCUCGCUCCUGCGGGCGCGCUUGUUUUCCUGCGGCCGCCUCGCCCUGCGCAGCCCCCGCCCGCCUGAACGCCGCGCUCCGCUCAGCCCCGCCCGCCUUCCGUGCCCUGCGCUGGAUUUAUGAAUGGGGGGAAGAGGCCACAUGCCGCCGCCGCCGCCGCGUGCUGACCGCAAGCACCCCGGGCCCGCGGAGCUCCGGCUGCCGUGAGAGCGUCGGCCCGGCCCCCGCAGCCGCUCCGAGGACUUGUUGCUGCUGCGCUGCCGCCGCCGCCGCCGCCGCCGCGGGGAAGCCGGCCGCUCCCGGGACUCGGCUCGGUCUGGGAGAGCCGGAGGGUGGCCCGCGUGAGUGUGAGCGCGCGUGCGCGCCCCGGACCCUCGCAGUGCGCCUGGACUGUGCGCUAACUCGCCUUUUGGGGGUGACGGGGGGGCGUGUCCAGAGCCCGAGCGUCUGAGUGUCCAGUCCUAGCCGGGGAGGUGUGUGUUUGCCCCUGCCUCCCCGGGUCCCUCGCCUGGGUCCUCGGCUCGCCUUUUCCCUCCUUGCCUCCGCCGGAGCUGCCUGACCAAACCCCAACCACCUGUGCACCCGAGAAACCCAACUCCUCCUGCUCCGCGCCCCGGGGGGAAGAGGCAGGGGCAGGGCCAAGCCGCAGAGGGGGCCGCCGCCGCCUCCUGCCUCCUCCUCGCCUCCUCCCCCUCCCCCGUCUGACGCUGCCUCCUCGGGAAGGGUGUUUGGAGGGCAGCGGCCGCCCCAAGCCGAAGCCCCGCAGCGCUUCUUAUGAUCAGCUCGGUGUGUGUCUCCUCCUACCGUGGGCGCAAGUCGGGGAACAAGCCUCCGUCCAAAACAUGUCUGAAGGAGGAGAUGGCCAAGGGCGAGGCGUCGGAGAAGAUUAUCAUCAACGUGGGCGGCACGCGACAUGAGACUUACCGCAGCACCCUGCGCACCCUACCGGGCACCCGCCUCGCCUGGCUGGCCGAUCCCGACGGCGGGGGCCGGCCCGAGUCCGAUGGCGGCGGUGCAGGCAGCAGCGGCAGCAGCGGCGGCGGGAGCUGCGAGUUCUUCUUCGACCGGCACCCGGGCGUCUUUGCUUACGUGCUCAACUACUACCGCACGGGCAAGCUGCACUGCCCCGCCGACGUGUGCGGGCCGCUCUUCGAGGAGGAGCUCACCUUCUGGGGCAUCGACGAGACCGAUGUCGAGCCCUGCUGCUGGAUGACCUACCGCCAGCACCGCGACGCCGAAGAGGCGCUCGAUAUCUUCGAGAGCCCGGACGGAGGCGGCGGUGGCGCGGGGACGGGCGACGAGGCCGGCGACGAUGAACGGGAGCUGGCCCUGCAGCGCCUGGGGCCCCACGAGGGAGGUGCGGGCCCCGGCGCCGGGUCCGGGGGCUGCCGUGGCUGGCAGCCCCGCAUGUGGGCGCUCUUCGAGGAUCCCUACUCCUCCCGGGCGGCCAGGGUGGUGGCCUUCGCCUCUCUCUUCUUCAUCCUGGUCUCCAUCACCACCUUCUGCCUGGAGACCCAUGAGGCCUUCAACAUUGACCGCAACGUGACAGAGAUCCACCGGGUGGGGAACACCACCAGCGUGCACUUCCGGCGGGAGGUGGAGACAGAGCCCAUCCUGACCUACAUUGAGGGUGUGUGCGUGCUGUGGUUUACGCUGGAGUUCCUGGUGCGCAUCGUGUGCUGCCCCGACACGCUGGACUUCGUCAAGAACCUGCUCAACAUCAUCGACUUCGUGGCCAUCCUGCCUUUCUACCUGGAGGUGGGCCUGAGCGGCCUGUCCUCCAAGGCGGCCCGAGACGUGCUGGGCUUCCUGCGCGUGGUGCGCUUCGUGCGCAUCCUGCGCAUCUUCAAGCUCACGCGCCACUUCGUGGGGCUGCGCGUGCUGGGCCACACCCUUCGCGCCAGCACCAACGAGUUCCUGCUGCUCAUCAUCUUCCUGGCCCUGGGGGUGCUCAUCUUCGCCACCAUGAUCUACUAUGCUGAGCGCAUUGGCGCCAGGCCUUCCGACCCGCGGGGCAAUGACCACACCGACUUCAAGAACAUCCCCAUCGGCUUCUGGUGGGCGGUGGUCACCAUGACGACGCUGGGCUAUGGGGACAUGUACCCCAAGACCUGGUCCGGCAUGCUGGUGGGGGCGCUGUGUGCGCUGGCUGGCGUGCUCACCAUCGCCAUGCCCGUGCCGGUCAUCGUCAACAACUUCGGCAUGUACUACUCCCUGGCCAUGGCCAAGCAGAAGCUGCCUAAGAAAAGAAAGAAGCACGUGCCCCGGCCGCCCCAGCUUGAGUCACCCAUUUACUGCAAGUCUGAGGAGACCUCGCCCCGGGACAGCACCUACAGUGAUACCAGCCCCGCUGCCCCAGAAGAGGGUAUGGUUGAAAGGAAACGGGCAGACUCCAAGCAGAACGGCGAUGCCAAUGCGGUGCUGUCAGACGAGGAGGGAGCUGGCCUCACCCAGCCCCUGGCCUCUGCCCCCACCCCUGAGGAGCGCCGGGCCCUGCGACGCUCUGGCCCCCGGGACAAAACCAAGAAGGCAGCUGCCUGCUUCCUGCUCAGCGCCGGGGACUAUGCCUGUGCUGAUGGUAGUGUCCGGAAAGAGACCUGCCAAGACGCCCUCUCGCCCAGCUAUGCCCAGGCUGAAGUCCUCACCCUCUCUUAAGCGGCACCAACGUGAGAGAGGCAGGCAGACAGACAGAAAGCCAAAGGCUUAGGGAAACUCUGGAACCCUGGCAAGAAUCUUUCACUGGGAAAGACUCAGAGAUCCUUGUUUGCACAGGACUGACGGAAAACCUCCCGUGUGACCCUCUGGGCCCAGAGCCAUCUGGGUCCGAUGUUCUGUUCUGUUGUACACUGAAGAGAUAUAUAUGCACAUAUAGUAUCUAUAUUCAUACAUACUAUACUCUUGUGUGUAGUGCACGUGCUACUGGUGGUCUGUCUUCUUUGUUAGGCUGUGUCUCCCCAAGCCCGGGCCCCACCCCCAGGCCUCCCCCAGCCCUGUCCCCUUUCCCCUUCACUGACUCCUUGUUUCUGCUGAACACGUAUGUGGAAUAUCCCAGGAAGAGAGCAUCUGGGAACGGCCAGUCCCACUGGGGGAUCCCAGGCUAGACUUGCCCUCUUGGGGUUGUUGCCCCUGUGGCCAGUAGUCUGUGGAAGGCCCGCUUGCCCCCCAGGGUCACUGCUCCACAAGCCCCAACCCACCCCAGAUUGGGGUUCUACCUCCCACCCUCGCCCCAGUUUUGGGGGACUUCCAAGGGGCUCCUCUGUAGCUUCUCCCACUCCUUCCUCCACCUUACCUCUGUCCUGGACUGAGGGGGGAGCGUUUUGUCUUUUUUUAUUUGGGGGGUUUUGUUCUGUCUCCUUCGUCCGUUUGUUUUCAAAGAUGCUGCUGGGCAGACGGGCAGGGAAGAGGUCUGUCCGCCCAUCCGGCUCAGGGGUCUGAGAAGGGGAAGCCUCGGGCGAGCGGAGACCAGUUGCAAUACUGUACUUCCUGGCCGGUGGCCAGAGGACUGUGCAAUAGCAGAGGCCAGGUGACCCCUUCGACCUUGGCCUCUGCCCCUCCUGCGGCCCUCCCUCCCCACUCCCCCGCCCUGCCCCUCCCUAGUGUUGGUCAGUCCUUUUCUAAAGCUGUCCCCUCGUGUGUGUGUGUCUGAGGCAUGCCUAGGCUGGGCCUUGCCGCCCUGUCUGCUUGCCUUCCACUGUCAUGCUGUGCUUGAGCCCCAAUAAAGAUAUCUGGAGCAUCCUGCUGCUCCUGC